AUUUUAAAUAGCAAACAUUUCUCAGUAUACAGUUGCUGCGUAUUUCAACACGAGAAAGCGUGUAGCGGCGGGUGAGUUUAGUGCGAUUACUCGGAACAAGAAUGCCACCGCUGGUGAAUCUGGUUCCGCUGGAACUCCGGAUAGGAAGAUGAUCCGAGUUUUCCAGUCUAUCAAAAGGAUCGGCGUCGUCAAAGUUGAUGUAAAGAGCAACCAAAAUUAGAUGGGAAACAGCGAGCGAGGCGUGCAAACCCCGACAAUGCAAGCCUCCACACUAGCAAUGAAGCGCAAGCAACUAAUUUUUGACGAAUCCCAAAGCAAGCUGAGCAGGAGCUCAUGAUUAGAAAAUGGCCCUUCACGUCCCGAAAGCACUUGGAUUUGCUUCCAUGUUAAAGGAAGGCGCUCGUGCUUAUUCAGGCCGAGAGGAGCAGUAUACCGGAACAUAUACGCCUUAAGGUGCGCUCGGAAUGAACAAAAUGAUCAUCAAUCACAUCGAGAAGCAGUUCGUCACUUCCUAUGCGGGCACCAUCAGGGAUGUCGAACAUCCGGCAGCCAAACUGAUGAUCCAGGUCAGCCAGAUGCAGGAAGCCCAAAUGGGAGAUGUUUUCCAUCUUCGUGGUGGUGUUUUGCGGGGCGUUGCUGGAGGCUGCUUAAGAGCUGCUUCGAUUGGGAGUGAUGAUAUUACCGAAGGGUAUGAGAGAGCCCUGGAUCUGGCUUUGGAAGCUCUACCAAGUCUGGUUACAGUGCAAAGAUGACGACCGUUUCGCCAAACACAUGACGAAACACGGGCGCAUAUUUGGUUUCAUUCGUCAGGUUGAUGACUACAUUCUGGAGGAACCGAGUUUCGCCGUGCGUUUGGACUACCGUCCCGAUUACGCCAGAACGUUGGUGUACGUGCGGAACGUGUCACCCCAUUCGGUGUUGCGACUCAGCAUGGCCUACAUCCACCUGGCAGACGGUCACAUGAAGAUGCUGAUUGAAAGCGAGAUGCGCCUUCCUUGGGGUACGGUUUCAAAGUUUUGCUUCGACAGUUGCCUGCUUUCGGAGCUGGAUAGAAGCUACGGACUGAUAUUGGUUGGACUGGCGGACUCAAAGACAGAAAUAUUGGAACUUUACCACCUGCAAGUGACCAUGUUGAGUCAUUUCAUGAAAGAGCAGCUAAUUUUGAAGAAACUAACGAUUCAUUGUCCGCCGUUGAAUCAGUAUCCGGUACCGAUGUUGAUCAAACAGUUGUAUAAGCACGACUUUUCAACGAAAUCUAAAUUUGAUGGCGCGAAGCAACUGCUGGAUCAGUUGGCUAAAUUCAAGGAAGAGGCCUUGAAUAAGGGGAACUAUAUUGAAUAUUUAAAUGUACUGAACCAGAUAGAGGACUUUGAUAUUCAAAUGGAAUAUACUAAGUACAAAAUCGAUGAAGCUAGACUAGUGCCCGGUAUUUUCGAGAAGUAUUAUCGUUUGUCGAUCGAUCAAUUUCAAACGGCACCCACCCUUUUGAAUGAUGACUGCACGGUAAGGAUGAUCAUUCCCAGCGAGUUCGAACCCCGUAGCUUUCUAGAAACUAUCCAUGAGAUCAAUCCAGAUUACAUGUUGAUUCAUGUAAACACCAUUCUUGAACCGUCUCCAACCUACACGAUUGUGUUUGAAUGCAGUCGGCUCUUAUUUCAGCUGGAAUACUAUGUCCUAUCUUAGGUGAAGGAAAUUGACUUUGAAAAACAUUGUUCCCCUAAGCCACCGAUGGAAAAGAAGAUCAUAUACGAGAGUUUUCAAUGGUUCAACAAAUAUGUCGCAAUAAAUCACGAGCAGCUGUCUGCUGUGCGAAAUAUCGUGAAUCGGACUUCGUUCCCUGCUCCGUACAUAUUGUUUGGACCACCCGGUACUGGAAAAACUUCAACUAUCGUAGAGGCAGUUUUACAAAUUUGGAAACUACAACCCAAAGCCAACGUUCUCGUACCGGCAGCUUCAAAUUUCGCCUGUGAUGAAUUCACCACGCGCCUGCUGGAAUUCAUUCCCGCCACCGAUGUGUUCCGUUUCGUAUCCUUCGUAUCGAUUUUGCUGAUAACGGAACAACACCUUCGUUCUCAAAGAGCAGUGGAGGUUUUGAGGAAGGUGGUGAGUAUCGUCGCGGCCCCGACUACGAAUAUCCGGAAGGCGGUGCAUCAUACGAGGAAAAUUCAUCGUACGGCUAUGGUGGAAGUGGAAGACCGUUCCGCGGCCGUGGAGGAUUCCGCGGACGUGGUGG